UCCAACGCCAAUGUGUACACGGGACCUUGGGUUUUCGUCUCAUCUGAGCGGCUAUGUGUUGUCCCUUGCCAAGCCCAUGCAGGAAAAUCCAGAUGAACUUUCUCGUUCAACACCGGGAUUGACAAAUAUUUAUAAAAUACCAAGAAGGGGGAUCUUGAACUUACAAUGAAGACCAUAAUGAAGAAAAGGAUCUUGAACUUACAAAAAGACCAUGUGUUGUAUCGACAAUACUCGUAUUGUUCAAUAAGUCGAUUAUUUUACUGUUAACUGUACAACUGUUUAAACCUAUUUCUACUUAUAGAGACAACCUUCCACGGCCAUAUCACUGUUAUAAACCUACUUCUACUUACAGUCAUAGAGACAAUCUUCCACGGAUACAUCAUACAACCAAUGGAAUCCUGGACAGCUCGGGUUCAGAGCACACUAGGAAGAGAUGAUAUACGAUAUUCCGUAUAAGACAACAAACACUCUUAAAACGGUUCAAGGAGAUAACCCUCCACGGCUACAUCAUACAACAAUUGGCUCCCCUGACAGUAGAACCACUAUACAGUGCUCAGGGUUAGAAUAUACUAGAAAGUUACAAUGUGGUAGAUGAUAUAAGAUGUUCCGGACAAAACAACAAUCUAAGAACAGUUUAAAGAGAUAAUCCGAAAGUUAGAAUUAUAAAGUUUUCUAUGUUACUUGUAGAAUCAAUAUGACUGCCAUGCGUGGCUUGUUUAUCAAACAAUGAUCAAUAUCAUUUUCACGCCUGGUACUAAAAUUGCUGUCUUUGUUUAACUGAAAACUGGAUUGAAUUCAAUUUGUGUGAUUUUUAUGUAUUCAGCAAUAGAACAAGUUGAAUCAUGGUUGAUUUGUUGAUAUUUGUGAUAUUGUCGAUUUAAUUUGCUUGUAGAAAACAUAUCGAAAUAAUUUGUGAUUUUGUCGAUUUGAUUUCUUUAUGGAAUACAUCUCGAAACUUAUUUGGUUUUUUUUGACGCUGUCAUUCUUUGUACGUUCAUGCAUGAGUCGACUAGUAUUCUGAACUUCAGUGUUGUCUGAAGUUAGCUAAACAAUGGCCAGAUGGUCGAUGAGACACCGCCGUAAGAUGAAACGUAUAACUAUUAUCGGCGUAUCGAUGUUUAUAUUCAUUACGUUAGAUAUACCACACAAGCUUACAUCAUUUUUACAAGGGGGGCAACUCAACGAACAUCCGGUACCGGAAGUACGUCGUGACGUUCCACCCCACGUGUGGAGGCUUUACGAUCUAGACGGGAUUCCUACUCGCGCUGCUGGGGACGGUAAUAACAAUGAUAUCCAAACAAGUAUACGUGAUGAAACCUUACACGAUGUUCUCCGAAUGAAACGUGUCAGACACAGGGAUGUAAAUUUUCCUCUGGAUGAAUUAGACGAUCGAGACCAAGCCAAAGCACGGAAGAUUGAUUCAGAUUUAAAACAUGAAAAGCAAUUGCUGCUUGACGAUCGCUUGGACGGCGAUGCUCAGGGCGUUGGGGUGGUAAUUGAAGGAGAGCUGCCAGACAGAAAUACGGUCCCUAAUCACCAUGGCAACGUGUCGCCAAUAAUACCGAACGAAGGAGAUAAUAGUAUGGAUGAUAAUAUAGCAGCGAUGGCGGUUGGCGCCGAUAAUAGUGAUUUGAAAGCACGCGAUAAAGUUCUUCCCAUGCCGGACAUUCAAAACCAGGGUAAGCUGGUCGAGGCUGGUAACCAUGGCAAUCCUCAUGUAUCAGAACAAAAUAGAGAAAUAUUUAUAAAUUCUAAUAACCGUAUUCUUAAAAUAAACACCAGUAAAAGAAAUCCUCGCCUAAAUGAUAUUUUACCACCCUUGCCUGAUUUAGCAGAUGAACAUAUGGAUAGGCAUGUCGCUGACCUGAACAGCCUCCAAGAUGCUGGAAAUGGAAAAGCUGAUACUAUUCGCGAUGGCAAAAUUCCUAAGGGGGUCGAUAUUGUAAAUGGUGGAAUUCCAAUAUUUGUCAACCUACCUGGUGGCGGGGUUCUAAACGCUGAGAAGAGUCAAGAUGGCGUAAAUAAAAAAGUUUAUAAUUUAAAGGAACACAGGAUUCCAACCGUUCGACAUAUUCAAGAUAACGGAAUGCCAAUUUUAGCAAUUCCAAAGGAUGUCCAUAUACAACAUGAUCUGAUCUCAAACGGUGGCGGGAUUCAGGGCAAUAAAAAUCCAAAUACUAGCAAAUCUCAAAAUGGUGAAGUUCUAAAGUUUGGCAAUAUUCAAGAUGGUUUGAUUCAAGAAAAUGACCAAAUACAAGAUGAUGGAAUUCCCAAACUUAGAGGAAUUCAAAAUAACGGCAUUCCAAAUGGCAGAAUUCAAGAUGGCGGAAAUAGGGAAAGUAUCAAAAGUAUUAAAAUUCAAGAUGUGAGAAUCUCCAACGUUGGCAAUAUUGACAAUGUCAGAAUUACAAAGGCUGACAUUAUUCAAGGUGGGGAUAAUAGAAAAGAAAGUAUUGAAUAUGUAAAGUAUACUCAUUUAAAAGUUGAUCAAAUACCAAAUGUUGAAAAGCGUGAUGAUGGUAGAAUUCAAAAUCACUUAAAUAUGAAUAGAAAUAUGGGUUUAAGGAAUGACACAGUUCAAAUCCUCAACUCACCGUUUGAAUUAAAGAAUUUAAAUGAAAACAAGGGAGAUAAUUUUGUGAAACAGCUGAAGAUAAAUACGACAGUCAGUGAUCUCAAUGGUCCAGGUUCACUUGGUAAAGCUGUAAUAGUUGACGAAACUGGGUUAUCUCCCUUACAGAAAUCUCUCUAUGAUGAGGGAUGGAAGAGAAAUAAUUUUAACCAGUAUGCAAGUGAUAUGAUUUCAACCAGACGGACUUUACCAGAUCCUAGAGACGAUGAGUGUAAAUCUAUAGUAUACAAGGAAAAUCUACCUGAUACAAGUGUUAUUAUAUGUUUUGUAGAUGAAGGGUGGAGUACGUUACUUCGAACUGUUCACUCAGUUCUUGACCGUUCGCCGGCACAUUUAAUACGAGAAGUUAUUUUAGUAGAUGAUUUCUCGAGCUUUGAACAUCUGAAGCUGCCUCUAGAGAAAUAUUUUACUGGUUAUGAAAAAGUGAAAAUAGUUAGAACUAGUAAAAGAGAGGGUCUGGUACGAGCGAGAAUAUUUGGUUAUGAACAUGCUGUUGGUGACGUCAUUACUUAUCUGGAUUCUCAUUGUGAAUGUGCUGAAGGAUGGUUGGAGCCUCUACUCUCGAGAGUUGCUGAAAAUAGAAACUACGUCGUUUGGCCAUUAAUAGAUGAAAUAGAGAAAACAACCUUCGAGUUUCGGUAUUCUACGAUUUCGGCCGGUAUUCAAGUUGGUCGCUUUAAUUGGAACAUGGAGUUUAGAUGGAUGUAUAUGCCAGAUUAUAUCAGUAACAAAAGAAAAACGAAAACAGACCCAGUGGCGUCACCGACAAUGGCUGGAGGCUUGUUUUCGAUAGAUCGUGGCUAUUUUAAAGAGAUCGGGUUGUAUGAUACUGGUAUGAACAUUUGGGGAGGAGAAAACUUGGAGAUAUCAUUUAGAAUCUGGAUGUGUGGUGGGCGUUUAGAGAUAAUGCCGUGUUCACAUGUGGGUCACGUGUUCAGGGAUAAUCUUCCUUAUAAAUAUACUUCGGAUGAUGUGCAGAUUAACACGGUACGAAUGGUAGAAGUCUGGCUAGAUGAAUAUAAACAGUUCUAUUAUGAACGAGGGAGAAGACGAAAAAAGUUUGAUAUUGGUGACGUCAGUGACAGGAUUAAUCUCAGGGAGAUAUUACAAUGUAAAAGUUUUGAGUGGUAUUUAGAUAAUGUUUACCCGGAUGUGUUUCGUCCUUCUAAAGCUUUAAGACGAGGACAAAUACGUAAUAACUCAACCAGAUUGUUUGUUUUCUAG